AUGAAUCAUUAUGCUAAUAAGAAGAGUGCGGCGGAAAGCAUGCUGGACGUGGCUCUGCUGAUGGCCAACGCGUCCCAGCUGAAGGCGGUUCUGGAGCAGGGGCCCCAAUUCAGCCUCUACACCUCCCUGAUCACACUCAUCAGCCUGUCCCUCUGUCUGCAGGUGCUGGUGGGCAUCCUGCUCAUCUUCAUAGUGAAGUGGAAUGUGAACGAUGAACAGAAGCACCUGCGUCUGAAUCUGCUGGAGAACAUCACCACUGGCUGCAUCUUCAUCAUCGUCGUCAUCAACGUCUUCAUCACUGCCUUUGGGGUCCAGCGGCCCAAUCCGGGAGUCUGA